GGAUCGUUGCGAUGAACAUCCUCGGUUUAAAUAUCAUAUCAUUUCUUUGUUCGUUAGACAUUUCUUCAGUAAUCGAAGUAUUUAAGUAUAAACAUGUUAGAGACGUUAUCGUAUUUCACUGUUUUAAAGAAAAUCAAUUAAUACUACCGCAACGAGUGUUUCAUUUUAAUAAUUUUCGUACAGUCUUUGUGUUCAUGCCCAAUAAUAUUUCCUGGGAAUUACCAUAUUCGUAUCCAAAAAUUGGAGUUUUAAUCAACACGUCUUGUGAUGGUUGGGAGAAGUUUCAAGAGUUUCAGAACUCACACACCUAUGAUCUAAUAAGGACAAAUACUUGGGGUUAUGCACACGACGGAAGAAUUGAUGGCAUGGUUGGAAGUUUGCAGCGUCACGAGGCUGAUGUCGGCGGUUCGCCUAUAUUUUUUAAGACCGACAGAACUUACGUUAUUGACUACGUCGCUGAAACUUGGCCGUCAAAACAAAGCUUCAUUUUUCGUCACCCAAAGCAUCCGACCGGUGUUCAUACUGUUUAUUCCAGACCACUAAGUAACUCAGUUUGGUAUUGUGUAAUAGCGUUUUUAUUUGUAACUGCUUCGACAGUUUUCUUUAUGCUUAAAUUUAACAUCGACGAGAUAGAACGCGGCGAAACAUCUCAAAGUCUUGCAUUUUUAUUUGCUUGGAGCGCGAUCUGUCAACAAGGUAUGUCACUCAGACGUAAUUCUUUGGCACUAAAAGUUGUCGUUUUCGUUACUUUCGUGUGCUCCAUAACAUUGUAUCAGUACUAUAAUGCAACUGUAGUUUCAACAUUGCUCAAGGAAUCUCCGAUAACUAUACGGACUUUGAAGGAUUUACUGCAGAGCGAUUUGAAAGUAGGAGUCGAAGAUGUCGCCUACGUUAAAGAUUAUUUUGCGCACACAAAAGAUCCGAUUGCUAUUACAAUGUAUGAGAAGAAGAUCGUCACAGGUAACAAUCGUAACUUCUUUGACCCGGAGUACGGCAUGUCUUUGGUGAAAAAAGGAGGCUAUGCUUUUCACGUGGACACAGCUUAUUCAUACGGUAUCAUGAAGAAAACAUUCACCGAGAGGGAGAUAUGUGAGAUUCGCGACGUAACUAUGUAUCCACCUCAAAAAAUGGCUGCUGUAUUGAAGAAAAAUUCUCCGUACCGGAAUUAUUUUGCAAUCGGAAUUCGCCGGCUAUGGGAAACGGGGUUGAUGCAGAGGAUGAAACACAUAUGGGACGAACCGAAGCCGCCCUGUGUGCGGACCCAGGACAGCAGCAUUUUCUCUGUCUCUAUAUUAGAAUUUUCUACGCCACUUUUUAUUGUUGUGUUUGGCGUGAUUGCAUCUGUAGUGGUAUUGUUGUGUGAAACAUUAUUUGACACUCUUUUUAAUAUGAGAUGAAAGUAUUAUAGCUAGUUAAAUUUUAUGUUA